AUGGCUGGAUUGGGGCGGAGCGGGCGGGACUCCCACCCUCGCGGCAUCUACUUCGUGAACUGCAAGUACGGCCUGCGCGGCCCGAUCGAGGUCUUCUCCCGGCGGGCCGUGCGGCAGCUGGGCGUGGACUGGCAGGCCUGCCGGGACCAGCUCCGGGCGCUGUGCCAGGGGCCCUGCCCCUGGGGCGAGGCGCCCUCAGCCGAGGCCUGCGCCGCCUGGGUCCAGCCUGCUCCGCCGUGCGCGGAGCCGAUCGUGGAGCUGCGGCCGCCCUCCAUCGAGGAGUGCAUCGCCUUGCUCCAGGAGUGCUCGGCGGGGGCCGGGCAGGAGCCUGGGCAGCAGCUUGCAGUGUCGCUCGCGGGCCCGCUGCUCGUGGAGUAUGCGGUCGACCCUCCGUUGCUGCAUGGCCGCACUGUGGUGGGUGUUUCUCAGCUUCAGCCCCUCCACGCAGUGGUGGUCACUCCCGACAACGAUCUGUACGUGGAGGAGCUGGAGCCCGCCAACACGGACAUCCGCGCCUGGUAUCGCAGGGUUCCUGGCGGGGGGCCCCCGCCGGCCGCGGCUGCAGGCAUCCCCGUGUACGACUUCGCGCAGCCCCUCACGCUCGCCGACUACCACGCGCUGCGCCCUGCAGCCCUCAGGCUCGUCGCCGAGCACGACGCCGCCUUGGCCGCCGCAGGGGGCGCCGAUGCCGUCGUGCCUGCCGGGCUGGGCCACGCCGCGGCCGCUGCAGCAGCGGCGCCCAUCGCACCUGCCGCUGCAGCCGGGCCUGCCGGCCUCGCCGGUGCUCUGGGCGCGGCCCCGGACGUCGGCGCUGGCGCGGGCACCGAGUCCGACUCGGCGCUCCAGGACGAGCAGCUUGGCUUCACCGCUGGACUGCUGCAGGCGCACGCGGACGCGUGCUCGUUCGACCCCGUCGACGCCGACUUCAUGCAUCCCAGCCGGAUGCGCGUGACGUCAGACUCGACCCUGAAACGGUACGCCAAGCAGACAAGGGUGGUCUCGGAGCUGAGCAAGGCACCGCCGCUGGUAGUGACCUUCGGCAACCACGUCUCGUCCCUGCUCGCCGCCGUGUUCGCCGGCUUGGCCUCGGUGCCGAGCCCGCCCGUGCUGCCAGGCAACCAGGGUGCUCUGAGGGCAGACUGA